AUGUCGCGCGUGCUGGUGGUGGGCGCGGGGCUGACGGGGGGCGCCUGCGCGGCGCAGCUGCGGGGGGCGUUGCGGGAGCGCGUCACCCUCUGGGACAAGGCGCGCGGCGCAGGGGGCCGCAUGAGCACAACCCGCAGCCCAUGGGACGCCGCCUGCACCGCAGACCUGGGCGCGCAGUACGUCACUCUCGAUCCCGAGCAUGCGGGGCCCCGCCUCAGCUUCUAUGAGGAACUUGUGUCCCAUGGCAUCUUGAAACCACUGACUGGCUCUGUUGAAGGAAUGGUGGUGAAAGAAGGCUCAUGCAAUUACGUGGCUCCCCAGGGCAUCUCCUCUGUUGUCAAGUAUUACUUAAAACAGUCAGCAGGUGCAGAUAUCUUCUAUGAACAGCAUGUAACUCACAUCUCUCUCAGAGAUGGGAAAUGGGAAGUCUCCAGGAAAACAGGACCACCAGAACAGUUUGAUAUAGUUAUUCUCACAAUGCCUGUUCCACAAAUUCUUCAGCUGCAAGGUGACAUUGUAAACAUAAUUAAUGAAACUCAAAAGCAGCAACUGGAAUCUGUGAGCUACUCCUCCCGCUAUGCUCUGGGACUUUUUUAUGAAGCUGGAACACGGAUUGAGGUCCCCUGGGCUGCACAGUACAUCACUGAUAAUCCCUGCAUACGCUUCAUCUCCAUCGAUAACAAGAAACGCAAUAUAGAGUCUCCUGAAAUUGGACCCUCAGUUGUCGUUCACACAACUGUGAUGUUUGGAAGCAAAUACCUGGAUUCAGACCCUGCAGAGGUGCAGCAGUUAAUUCUUAGUCAUCUGGAGCAGGUUCUGCCAUCUCUACCUCAGCCAGCAAGCAUCAAGUGUCAGAAAUGGAGAUACUCUCAGGUUAUUAAAGCUGUGCCCAACUGUCUGGGACAAAUGAUCCUUCAUACUCAACCUCUCCUGAUUUGUGGAGGUGAUGGAUUUACUCGCUCCAACUUUGAUGGCUGCAUAGAUUCUGCUAUGAGUGUUGCAGAGGCUGUGAAGUCCCAUUUAUAAAAAGUCCAAAGUCAGGUACUAAACUUAGUCCGAUUAAUUUUACUAUGGUGGAUUGAAUUCUAGAUUACUGAUAGUAUCACUGCCCUCUAUAUUGCAAAAGUAAAUAAAAGAAGAUCUAUUGGUGUGCUGUA